AUGGUGCAGGCGCCCAUGAUCUCGGUGCCUCUCAAGGCCACAAACGAGAUCGACUGGGUUGCUCCCCUCAAGAACUACAUCCAGAACACGUACGGCGAUGACCCGGAGCGCUACGCCGAAGAAUGCGCGACCCUCAACCGGUUGCGCCAGGAUAUGCGAGGCGCCGGGAAGGACAGCACGUCCGGAAGGGACCUGCUCUAUCGCUACUACGGGCAACUCGAGCUUUUGGAUUUAAGAUUUCCGGUGGACGAGAAGAACAUCAAGAUCUCAUUUACAUGGUUCGACGCUUUCACCCACAAGCCCACAGCGCAACAUUCGCUCGCUUUCGAAAAGGCCUCCAUCAUCUUCAACAUCUCCGCCGUUCUAUCCUGCCAUGCGGCACACCAAUUGCGAACCGAGGAGGCGGGACUCAAGACGGCGUACCACUCGUUCCAGGCCUCGGCCGGCAUGUUCACCUACAUUAACGAGAACUUCCUCCACGCGCCCUCUUCGGAUCUUAGCAGGGAAACGGUCAAGACACUGAUCAGCAUCAUGUUGGCUCAGGCGCAAGAGGUCUUCCUUGAAAAGCAGAUUGCUGAUCAGAAGAAGAAUGGUCUGCUUGCCAAAUUGUCUAGCCAGGCGGCUGCUCUCUACGCGCAGGCUGUUGAAGGUGUUCAGGAAAACGUCACCAAAGCCAUUUUCGAGAAAGUUUGGCUGUCUAUGGUCCAGAUCAAGCUCAACUUCAUGAACUCGCUAGCUCAGUACUACCAAGCCCUCGCCGAUGAGGAUGCCAACUCUGCCCCCGAACUCGAAUCUGACCUCCGACUGCGGACACAUCCUGGCAGAUGCGACCAAGAGACACCUCGCAACAGUCAAGGAAAAAACGACAUGAUCUACCAUCAACCUGUACCUGCGGAGGCCAGCGUUACACCAGUCCCCAAGCUGCCGGCUGCGAAACCGAUUCCCGUCAGCGAGCUAUACGCCGGCCAGGACAUUCAACGGAUUACUGGCCCCGACCUUUUCGCGAAAAUUGUACCUCUUGCGGUCACCGAAUCGGCUAGCUUGUACGAUGAAGAGAAGGCCAAGCUGGUGAGAGCGGAGACGGAGAGAGUAGAGACCGCAAACAGCGAGAUGGCGGCUAGUUUGGAUUAUCUCAGACUUCCAGGCGCUCUUCAGGUUUUGAAGGGAGGGUUCGACCAAGAUAUCCUUCCCGACGAGGAUUUCAGGACGUGGUGUGUGGAUGUCGCGGACCACGAAAAUCCCCACAAGAUCUUCGAGUAUCUUCAUACCGAAAAGCAGGCCAUUUCAACGAUACUGGAUAAGAGCAGCAGACAGUUGGAUAUGGAGGAAAGCGUGUGUGAAAAGAUGCGGUCGAAGUACGACGCGGAAUGGACACAGCAGCCGAGCUCAAGGCUGACUACGACGCUCAGAACCGACAUCAGGAGGUACCGGGAGGCUUUGGAGGUGGCAGCGAAGAGCGAUGGGCAACUUGCGACAAAGCUUAGGGCCAACGAAAACGAGUUGGACGAGAUGCGCCAGGCCGCGUCACAUGGAGAGAUCGAUGAGUUGUUUCAGAGAGCGGUCAAGAAGCUGCGAAAAUCGAACCCGAAUAGCCCUGCCACCGUCGAGCCGAAUCUCUUGGAUGCCGAUUUUGAUGACGGUGGCCCGAGUGUGGUUGAGCAGAUCCAGAAGGUGGAGGAUAUUCUGAAGAAGCUGAGCUUGGUGAAGAAGGAGCGUUUGCAAGUACUACAGGAUCUGAAGGCAAAGGCACACAGCGAUGAUAUCUCCCAAAUCCUCAUUCUCAACAAGAAGUCGAUUGCGAACUAUGAGCAACAACUCUUCCAGCAGGAACUGGAGAAGUUUAGGCCUCAUCAGAACCGCCUCGUACAAGCAUCGCACAAGCAGGCUGCUCUUAUGAGGGAGCUUACAGUGACAUUCAACAACCUCCUUCAGGAUAAGCGAGUUCGUGCCGACCAAAGCCGAUACGAGUCGGUACAGAGAUCGCGCGCCUCCGUUAUUAACAAGUACAAGCGUGCCUACCAAGAGUUCUUGGACCUUGAGGCGGGUCUGCAGAGUGCUAAGAACUGGUACAAGGAUAUGCGACAAGAGGCCGAGAGCCUAGAGAAGAACGUAGAGGCUUUCGUCAACAACCGUAGAGCUGAGGGUGCCCAGCUUCUCAACCAGAUCGAGCAGGAUCGGGCCGCCAACAAGAGCUCGCACGCCGCGAUGGAACAAGAGCGGAUGAAGAACCUCAUGGAGCGCUUGUCCAUGGACCCAUCACCGACUUCCCCUAAGCCUUCAUCGGGAUCAGGAGGCCGCCCUACACCUGCUCCCUUGUCGUUCGCUCCUGCAGCUGUCUCCAACACGCCAUUGACAGCCUACCAAAAGGCCAACUUUUCUACCCAGUAUCCCGCCUCGCCGCCAGCUACGCAGAUUGCCCAUAACCCAGGGCAACAACAAGGGCCAUACCAACAAUAUGACCCCAGCUCCCUCGGCCGCAUCCCCGGUCCGGCCUCCCCACCUCCCAACCAAACAAGCUUCAACAUUGGUCCCGGCCGCCACCCUGCCUCUCCGCCGCCGACGCAAACCUCCUUUGCCCAGUCUCGCCCUUACAGCCUGACGACGUACGGCAAUCCCUCGGCACUGAACCCUCAGGGUGGGCAACCUCAACCGCCGCAACAAUCGCAGCCCGGAGGAUACGUCCCUCCAGGCUUCGUCCCACCUCCGCCACCGCCGGGACCCCCACCGCUGGGUCCUCAGCAGACGGUGCAUUACGGCGGAAACGAGUAUUAUGCUGGUAUGGGAAAUCCGGGCAUUGGAAGGCCUGGGUCGGCGCAGCAGGGACCGCAGGGGCAGCAAGGGUGGGGUCAACCGCCACAGCAGCAGCAGCAGUAUCAGCAGCAGCAACAGGGAGGUGAUCCAUGGGCUGGGUUAAGUGCUUGGAAGUGA